AUGGGACGCUCGAGAUCCCGUAGUCGGUCACCCAAAAAGCACAAGAGCAAACACCGCAAGCGAAGCAAAUCUCGCUCGUCCUCCCAUCAUCACCGCAGCAGUUACGAUAAAUACAGAGAACGCAGCUCGAAAUCCAGGAAACGAUCGCUAUCCGAAUCCUCCGACAGUAGCAGCGAUGGAUCAAACAGUGGCUCCCGGCAUCACCACAAAAAGAGCUCCCGCAGCCGGAAGCUAACGGAGGUAGAACGUUUAGCCGAGAUGGAACGCCAAAGGAGGCAGAAGGAAGCUGAACAAAAGAUGAUUGAAGAAGAAGCGGCAAAACGGAUAGAACUGUUAGUUAAGAAACGUGUCGAAGAAGAGCUAGAAAAGCGAAAAGAUGAAAUCGAGAUGGAGGUGCAACGGCGCGUUGAAGCCGCAAAGAAACAGAUGGAGCAGGAAAUGAUGCUCGAGCUGGAAAAGCGCCGGGAGCAGGCACGGGAAGAGGAGCGACGGCGUGAGGAGGAAGAGCUUAAAAAGCGCCAGGAACUCGAGAAUAUUCUCGCUGAGAAUAAUCGCAAAAUAGAAGAGGCACAGCGAAAGUUGGCCGAAGAUCGUCUUGCGAUUAUCGAAGAGCAAAGAAAGAUGGACGAAGAGCGUCAAAAGAUGCGCAAAGAGCAAGAGAAACGCAUCAAAGAAGAACAAAAGAUGAUCCUGGGCAAGAACAAUUCGAGACCGAAACUGUCGUUCUCGCUGAAACCGGGUGUAUCGUAA